CACUCGCUGCUUCCUCACAUUCCAUUCACUCACUCACACACUCGCCCUUUCGUUUCCGCGUCUGCAACCUACAGAGACCAAAAAUGUCGACUCUCUCGGUUCCUGAGCCUGUGCCUUCUGUGACUGAAGACUGUGAGCAACUGAGGAAAGCCUUUUCAGGAUGGGGAACUAAUGAGGGAUUAAUCAUCUCCAUUUUGGCACAUAGAAAUGCUGCUCAAAGGAAGUUGAUUCGAGAAACAUAUGCUGCAACUCAUGGAGAAGAUCUCCUGAAAGCACUGGAGAAGGAACUUACUAAUGACUUUGAGAGGGCAAUAUUGCUUUGGACUCUUGAUCCUGCUGAGCGUGAUGCACUUUUGGCUAAUGAGGCAACUAAGAGGUGGACUUCAAGCAAUCAAGUUCUCAUGGAAAUAGCCUGCACAAGGUCUUCCAAUCAAUUGCUUUUGGCAAGGCAGGCAUACCAUGCUCGUUACAAGAAGUCCCUUGAAGAGGAUGUUGCCCAUCACACAACCGGAGAUUUCUGCAAGCUUUUGUUCCCUCUUGUGAGCUCAUAUCGGUAUGAGGGAGAUGAGGUGAACAUGACUCUGGCAAAAUCAGAGGCUAAGAUUCUCCAUGAGAAGAUUUCAGAGAAGGCUUAUAGUCAUGAAGAUGUGAUCAGGAUUUUGGCUACGAGGAGCAAAUCACAGAUUAAUGCUACCCUUAACCACUACAAAAAUGAAUAUGGAAAUGAUAUCAACAAGGACUUGAAAACUGAUCCCAAGGAUGAGUUUCUUGCACUACUGAGGGCCACAGUUAAGUGCUUGGUUAGGCCAGAGAAGUAUUUUGAGAAGGUUAUUCGUCUUGCAAUCAACAGGCAAGGAACUGAUGAAGGUGCUCUCACUAGAGUUGUCACUUCGAGAGCAGAGGUUGACAUGAAAAUCAUAGCAGAAGAGUACCACCGAAGGAGCAGUGUUCCUCUGGAUCGUGCUAUCGUCAAGGACACAACUGGAGACUAUGAAAAGAUGCUCUUGGCACUGAUAGGGCAUGGAGACAAUUGAGUUAGUCCUUUCAUUGACUAGCUAUUCUAUUAUGAGGCUACUUAUCUGGUUUUAAUGAUAAUCUUACUAUUAAGGUGUCCUUUUUAUAUUUGGUUUGAACUCAUUUCGUGUGUUUUAAGGGUUGCCAUAUGCGGUUUCUUUCAUUGAGUGCUAUGAUACCGACUCUGAGAGCUUAUAAUUUACCAUAUUAAUAAAAAUAAUGUACUCGUUUAGAGUUGCAGAUAUUGCUACUUGC